AUGCUGGAGCGCAAGCUUGGCCCGAACAGUGCCGCAACUCAACUGGAACUCAUCAUCUUGCUCGCUGACACGCCAGUCGAGCCAGUACGGAAGCGCUACCCAACCUACCAUGACGUAUUCUGCCAUCUCUUUGAGCGUGCCAUCGACGGUCAACUUGUCUCCCUCCUCGUCAAUAGCUACGAUGUUGUCCGAGGCGAAUACCCUGACCAAGCCAGAGUCGGACGCUCUCAAGGACUGCUCAUAACAGGCAGCGCAGCCUCUGCAUAUAGCGAUAUAUCCUGGAUACACGACUUGACGCGCUACAUCGCUUCCCUGCCCAGCUCGCAGCCCGAUCUCAAGCUGAUCGGUAUCUGCUUCGGUCAUCAGAUCAUAGCACAAGCAUUCGGUGCAAACGUCACCAAGAACGACCUCGGUUGGGAGCUGGGUGUGCGAACGAUCGAUCUGACCGAAGCCGGUCGCGCGGUCUUUUAUCCAUCGCAGACGAAGCAGCAAACGAUAGACAUACAUCAGGUGCACAAGGAUCAUGUACCGAAACCGCCAACCGGAUUCAUCAAUCUCGGCUCGACUGCAAUCUGUCCUUGCCACGGCAUGAUCAAGCUCCGCCAUCCCGGCGCACGACCAGAUCUGGCUAACAUACAUAUGUUCACUGUUCAGGGGCAUCCAGAGUUCUCCCCCGAGAUCGUGACGGACAUCAUCGACGUACGAGAGCAGGCAGGCGUCAUCGAUAGCGCACUGGCAGCGCAAAGUCGACAGGAUGCUGCUCUUCACGACGAUGGCGUAGACAUCGCCCGCAUAUGCGUCAAGCUCCUCGCGGCAGCACAAUAG